UCCCACUUCCGGAGUUCGAAUCUCAUAAUCACCCUUUAUUUAUUGCCGAUAUUACAGAAACACCCACUUCAAUUUUUUUGAACCCUACUAGUCUCCGUUGUCUUUCCCUGUCUGAGUUUUCCCCCAUUUCCUGGCGCUUCUUCUGCAAAGGUCGAAGGACAACUUAAAAGAGAAGUUCUUAAGCCAUAAUGCAGGCUUGUGGUGGAGCUGCAGUGACGGGGUCUCUGCAACAACCUAUAUGGACCAAGCCAUCUGCCUUUUCCCCAAAAGGCUUUAAUUUCAAUGGAUUUCCUCAUCACGUAAAUCCAACUUCAGUUAAGCCUCAAUUGGCCUAUAUUAAAGCAAGUCUGGUUACUGGUCAGCCGCCCUCUUCAGUGUCUGUCCCUGUUGGCGAAGUAGAAGGUAGAAGAAGCAGCUUUAUAGAUUAUACUUUGAGCGAAGCUGAUCCUGAAGUGCGCAAAAUUAUUGACAAGGAGAAGGAGAGGCAGUUCAAAAGCCUUGAGCUUAUUGCGUCAGAAAAUUUUACAUCACGGGCAGUUAUGGAGGCGGUUGGGUCCUGCCUCACAAAUAAAUAUUCUGAGGGGUUGCCUGGUAAAAGGUAUUAUGGUGGCAAUGAGUACAUUGAUGAGCUUGAAACCUUAUGUCAGAAAAGGGCUUUGGCUGCAUUUCACGUGGAUCCAAAGAAGUGGGGUGUUAAUGUUCAACCUUUAUCUGGUUCUCCUGCCAAUUUUGAGGUUUACACUGCAAUUCUCAAACCCCAUGACAGGAUAAUGGGUUUGGACUUGCCUCACGGCGGGCACUUGUCUCAUGGCUUCAUGACUCCCAAACGACGGGUUUCUGGCACAUCAAUAUACUUUGAAUCGAUGCCUUAUCGACUUGAUGAAUCAACAGGUCUCGUUGAUUACAACAUGCUUGAGAAAACAGCCACUCUCUUUAGGCCUAAACUCAUAAUUGCUGGUGCCAGUGCCUACCCCCGAGAUUUUGACUAUGCUCGUAUGAGGAAGAUUGCAGAUGCAGUUGGUGCUUUUCUUAUGAUGGAUAUGGCACACAUAAGUGGUCUUGUUGCUGCUUCCGUGGUAGCUGACCCCUUUGAGUACUGCGAUAUAGUGACAACGACAACACACAAGUCCUUGCGAGGGCCAAGAGGUGGCAUGAUCUUUUUCAAGAAGGAACCAGUUCUUGGAGUUGAUUUAGAAUCUGCCAUCAAUAAUGCCGUUUUCCCAGGCUUACAGGGCGGUCCUCAUAACCACACAAUCGGGGGACUUACAGUUUCCUUAAAGUUUGCCCAGUUGCCUGAAUUUAAGGCUUACCAAAACAAGGUUGUCUCUAAUUGUAAAGCUCUUGCAAGCCGAUUGAUUGAAUUAGGAUACAAGCUGGUUUCUGGUGGGAGUGAUAAUCACCUUGUUCUUGUAGAUCUUCGGCCACUAGGGAUCGAUGGUGCUCGGGUGGAGAAAAUUCUUGAUAUGGCUUCCAUCACCCUCAACAAGAACUCAGUUCCUGGCGACAAAAGUGCCCUAGUCCCUGGUGGCAUACGGAUUGGGUCACCUGCUAUGACAACCCGAGGUUUUACCGAGGAAGAGUUCAAAGCAAUUGCGGAUUUUAUCAAUGAAGGCGUUCAAAUUACUCUUGAAGCUAAACGUUCCGCUCUGGGGUCAAAGCUUCAAGAUUUUCUCAACUUUGUGAAAUCUCCUGACUUCCCUUUGAAGGAAAAGGUUUCAGAUCUUCGUCAGAGGGUGGAAGCUCUCACUACUCAGUUCCCCCUGCCUGGACUGUAAUUUUUACUCCUAACCUUGGCUUGUGGUAAAAAGCACAAAGGGAGCUGAUGGCAGAAUGCUGCCACAAUUUUGGUUCCAUGGGAAGUCGGUGUCUGCUUUUCAAGUAUUAUACUAAUCAUGAUCGUCUGUAAUGGUUUUUAUUGUACUAGUUGACAGUUCAGAAAAGAAUAACGUGGUCAA